UCAGUCUGCACAUGUGCGCAGCGACAUUAUAUGUGAGACUGAGAUACCUUGGAAAUCCAAAAGUUAGCAUCUUAAAAAACUUCUUAAAGGUGGGAUAUAUGAUACAGACAGACGAGACUUGGAUUUCAAAAGACUUACGAGUGAACUGCAGCAGCAUGAAGAUAUCGUGUAUCAAUAUAAAGUUUAUGCCUCGGACAUGGAAAAAUAGGACAUGGCUUGUCGGCGUUUUUUAACUUUCGAGCCUAUUGAUAAACCAUCAUGGCGAAAACGUGACAGUAAAUAUGAAUGUGUACCUACGGUGAAAGAAAUGAUAAAAGAUAUUGUCAAUUAUCAUACUACAUGGUUGAGGAAACAAAGAAAUUCAGGGAAGAACAGCUUUGUAGAGGCAAAACGUGAAAUGAUGAUGGAAUUCCUGUUCCGAGUUCAACAAGGUGAAGAUAUAGGAGUGAAUGACCAAGGUACAUUUGAACAGGUUUUCAAUGCCGAAAUAAAACACUUUGAAAAAACUGGACAAAAACGGGAAUGCUCGGAGUCUGAAAAGGAUUCACCGCGAAAGAAAAUCCGUCAUGAGUCACCAAGUAAUGAACAAAGGAGCGACAGCUUACCAGACUCUUUGGAUGUUGAAGAUUAUAUUAUUGAAAAUUCGACAGAUAAAGGCAACGACGAACACAAUAAAAUAAACGAAACUAGAAAUUUACUGCGGGGCUACUGGCAUUUAAAACAUGAAUUUAAAAAGUUAUCAGAUGAAGAACAAUCUAAUUAUGUUGGUGAAAUUGAUGUCGAGACGUGCAUUCUGGACUGCCAUGGAGUUCUGAUGCGCGACCUGCUCGAUGAAACCAAAACGCAGCCUGGAAAAUUCAGUGUUCUACCGAGAUCAGCAAAUUUUGAUGGAAAAGAUUUCUUUUAUCCAUCUUAUGCAACUAACGAAAUUGCGUUUCAAGCAGUUGAUACAAUUGUUUUGGAGUACAACAAGAUGGUGAUGGAAAUAUCAAAAAUAAAAAAUAAACAUGAGAAAUUGGAACAUUCACUUAAGUGUGCUACUGUAUUGCUUUUUGGGUUUUUAACACUUCAUCCGUUCUCCGACGGUAAUGGUAGGCUUGCUCGACUAUUAUGCAGUCAUUGCUUAAAAGUAUUCUGUCCUUUCCCAACUUCGAUUUAUAACGUGUUUUCUCAUUCUACCAGAGACGAUUAUUUGAGAGCACUUGUUAACGCUAGACAGCAUUUAAAUAUUGACCCUGAUCAAUUAAAACAUGAUGAAGAUGCCAUCAAAGAAGCUGAGUUAAUUUUAGAACAGAAACCAAAUGAACUUUGUUCUCUUGUAAUAGAAAGUAACUGGUUUACAUGGCGACAGUUUCUACAUAGAAUAGGAGAGGACAUACCACUUUUUGAAUUUGAAAAGACUCAUGAAAUAAGUGAAACAUAACAUGUUUUUGAUUUAAAGUGUAUCAAUCGCAUCAAUGGCGAUGUUCCUCGUUAAAAAUAUGCAUUGUUUUUUUUUUUUCAUCUAAAAAUAUCUUUAUUGCACUUUUCUUUGCUGUAUUGACAAAUUACUCGACCUACAGCAGUUGGCCGAGUAUCCCUGUGAAUUAGUUAAUGAAAAUUAGAAAAUAUGCAUUGUUAUGUGCAAUUAUAUUCCAAAAUCAUAUUAUUGAUAAAUAUCAUAAAAAAAGUUUCAUAACG